CUUAAAAUCUCAAGACAUGUAUUUCCUUGGACUGUUGUCUUUGCUUGUUUUGCAAAGCAAAGCCUUCAAGACAAAUUUUCCUGAUGAAACCAUUGCUGAGCUUUCUGUGAAUGUUUACAACCAGCUGCGAGCUGCAAGAGAAGAUGAGAAUAUUCUUUUCUCUCCUCUGAGCAUUGCGAUAGCCAUGGGAAUGGUAGAGCUUGGAGCCCAUGGAACCACUUUGAAAGAAAUUCGACAUUCCUUGGGUUUUGACAGCUUAAAAAAUGGUGAAGAGUUUACCUUCUUAAAGGACCUUUCUGAUAUGGCAACUACUGAAGAAAGUCAUUAUGUUCUGAAUAUUGCUAACUCUCUCUAUGUGCAGAAUGGAUUUCAUAUCAGUGACAAAUUUCUGCAAUUGGUGAAAAAAUACUUUAAAGCUGAGGUAGAGAACAUAGAUUUCAGCCAAAGUGCAGCUGUAGCUACCCACAUCAAUAAGUGGGUGGAGAAUCAUACAAAUAAUAUGAUCAAAGAUUUUGUGUCUUCAAGAGAUUUUGGUGCUCUAACUCAUUUGGCUCUCAUCAACGCAAUCUACUUUAAAGGCAAUUGGAAAUCACAGUUCAGACCUGAAAAUACAAGAACUUUUUCUUUCACUAAAGAUGAUGAAAGUGAAGUGCAGAUUCCAAUGAUGUACCAGCAGGGAGAGUUUUACUAUGGAGAGUUCAGUGAUGGCUCCAAUGAAGCAGGUGGUAUCUAUCAAGUUCUGGAAAUACCAUAUGAGGGAGAUGAGAUGAGUAUGAUGAUCGUUCUUUCCAGGCAGGAAGUUCCACUGGUCACAUUGGAACCACUGGUCAAAGCCUCGUUGAUUAAUGAAUGGGCUAAUGCUGUAAAGAAGCAAAAAGUGGAAGUGUAUUUACCAAGGUUCACAGUAGAACAGGAAAUUGAUCUGAAAGAUGUCUGGAGAGGUCUCGGAAUUACAGAGCUGUUCAGCAGUAAUGCCGACCUCACCGCGAUGUCUGAUAACAAAGAACUUUACCUUGCAAAGGCAUUUCACAAGGCAUUUCUAGAAGUUAAUGAGGAAGGAUCAGAAGCUGCUGCUGCCUCAGGAAUGAUUGCCAUUAGCAGAAUGGCAGUGCUGUAUCCUCAAGUUAUAGUUGAUCAUCCCUUUUUCUUUUUGGUCAGAAACAGAAGAACAGGUACUGUGUUAUUCAUGGGAAGGGUAAUGCACCCUGAAGCAAUGAAUACAAGUGGCCAUGACUUUGAAGAGCUUUAAAUGCCACCAGCUACCAAAAAGAGGAGAUAAGCACAUAAAGUUUGAAGUUAAUAUAUUUAAGGUUUGCUGUGUUUUCCCCCAAGAUAUUGUUUAAAGUGCUUUCAGAUCUAACUGUGUGCAAGUCAGUUUCCAGAGGAAAGCUUACAGUAUUAAAGUAAUGGUUUCUGUUUCUGUCAUUGUGAUUGCUGUGUCCUUAAAAUAAAAUAGUGUACGUGUCAACAACUGUUUCUUGUUCUAGUGAAUUGUAAAGCAAAAAUCCUUGCAAAUCCAUUGUCAUUUUUUUACAGUCCAAAGACUGACUUGCUCAAUGAGACAGGAGCGCAAUGUGUGCAGCUCUGAAUAAUGCAAAUGGCAAACCUUGAUGAUAAUUUACAGAGUUGAAGAACUACAUCUGGACAGUGUGAUCUCUUCCUGUUCCUGUACAAGUAGUAAACAGACUGCGAUACGCUGUCUUAUCGAAGUUAAUGGAACAAAUUAAGCCUAGUGGAUUUUAUUCUAUAAAAUAACUGUGGUAGACUUUGUGUGACCUCUCCCAUGUGUGAUUCUAAAAUGUUGCUUUUAUGAAUGCUCCUGCAUGCGACUCUGCAAUUCACCUUCCGUAACUGUUGAUGCCAAUAAAAUUUGAUCGCAUGAAUAUUUGAGACUAGUCAGUGUAGAAUAGCUAUGUAUGUGACUGAAGUAAAAUAGUUGAAUAGUAAUGUCAUUCGUGUGGACAUAUUUUUCUCCCCCCAAAGUAGUUGCUCUACUUAAACUGAAGCUUUGCAGUAUGUCACUUCAGUGAUCUGGAAUGAUCUUUCUCAAAGUAAGAAAAAAAAAAAAAAUCACCGAAAACCUUAAUUUUAAGUGUCUAAAAAUGUUGUAUUCAUAAACGUCUAAAGGAAGAACAUAAUCCUUUUAUUGCCCAACUCUUUCUUGAGAAUAACUGACAGAGGGGAGAAUGAUGCAUACCACAAGUAAACAGUAGCAGGGGAAUUAGUUGCUGUUUCCAUUUGCAAGAGGAGGAGAAGGACCAGUUGUCUCCAGAGAGGCAUGUAAUUAUUUCUUCCCUCAUUGUGCAAAAUAUAAAAAAGAACAGAAGUUAUUAAAAAGGUGAGAGAGAACAGGAGAAAAGAAGGGAGGAGCUCCUCUGAAUCAGAUCAUAAAUACAAACUUACGGUUAAUAAGAGGGUUGCUUCUCAGUCAAUAGAAUUUUGUCUUUUGAAUUUUAUGGGAACAAAUGCAUAUAGGCUGAAAUUUAGUUUUAGUUAUAGGCUUUUCUGGCAUACAUUCACUUCAAACCAGCACAGAUAUUGCUCAAAAGUUAUUCAUGCAAGGAGAACUUCCAAAAUUUGACACAUUGUUCACUUUUUUUUUUUAUACUGCCGGUGCAAAUCAUGCAGGUCAAGCUGCGAAGUGAUGGAUGUUCUCCGUGGAGGCUGGUAAUGCUCCCUUGGAGAAAGAGCAUUUGAACACAUUUCUAUCCCUGCCUCCUUGAAUUGUUUAGUUCUGUUGCACAGAAGAAAAAUGGAGCUCCUUAGUAUAUUGCUGUUGCUUAUUGCCCUUAGUGUAUUGUAGUCUGGACUUGGUGAGAUGGUUUUUGUAUUCAAAUUUAGGCAAAAAUUCUAAUUUUGGUUCUGUAUAGCUAAAAAUGUUAUGCCUGGGAGAGAAAAGAGGUAGUGUUUCUAAGAAGGA